AUGGAGGUACAUAGGUGUCGAUUUGUUGAUUAUACUCCUCAUACGAUCACAUCAUUAGUGUUCUCUCAACCUUCAAACCCCGAAAAACCAAUUUCAUCGGAUUUAAAAUUAGCAGUUGGAAGAAGUAAUGGUGAUAUUGAAAUUUGGAACCCUAAAUAUAAUUGGACACAUGAGUUAACAUUAUUUGGAUCAAAGGGAAGAUCUAUAGAAGGUUUAUGUUGGAUAAGUACCAAAGAAGAAUCAAGAUUAUUUUCCAUUGGUGGAUCAACUUAUAUUACAGAAUGGGACCUAAAAACAGGAAAACCUUUAAUAAAUUAUGAUUGUAACGCGGGGAUUAUUUGGUCAAUAGAUGUUAAUGAAUCUAAUGAUAAAUUAGCAGUUGGCUGUGAUGAUGGAUCAGUGGUGCUUGUUGACAUUUCUGGAGGUGUUGGCUCCUUGGAAUAUGAUAUAAUUUGUCAAAGACAAGAUGCCAGAGUUUUAAGUAUAAAAUGGUGCAAAAAUGAUCAAGUUAUUGGAGGAUGUGCAGAUGGAAGAAUUAGAGUAUGGAGUAAUCUCAAAGAAACUAGAGGUAGAAUUUUAAGUACUAUGAGAGUAGAUAAAUCCAAAACUGAAAGUACUUUAGUUUGGUCAUUAAAUGUAUUGAAAAAUAAGAACCAAUUAAUAAGUGGAGAUUCCACGGGUCAUAUUAAAAUAUGGGAUUUAAAAUUUCACACAUUAAUUCAAAGUUUUAAAAUACAUGAUGCAGAUAUUCUUACAAUUGUCAGUGAUGUAAAAGAAAAUAAAUUUUUUUCAGCAGGUAUUGAUAGAAAAAUUCAUCAAUUUGAUCUAUUAACCACAAAAACUAAUUCCAAGUGGGUGCAUAGUUAUAAUAGAUUAUUACAUUCAAAUGAUAUAAGAGCUAUGGCUAUAAUGGAGUCAAAAAAUUUUAAUAUCUUGGUAAGUGGUGGAGUAGAGAGAGCAAUAAUUAUUCAAAAUAUACAACAAUUUCAUGAUGGUAAAUACAAGAAAUUAUUAAUAAAUCAACAAAAGAGUAAUAUUGUGUUGGUACCAGAAAGAAAAUUGGUAAUAAUGUGGCAAGAUCAAAUGAUUAAAAUAUGGAAAAUUUUAGAAAGUGGUAAACAUAAAUUAAUAUCGAAAUUAGUUUUGUCAGAUGAUGAAAAUAUAACUAGUGUUGAUUUUAGUGGUAACCUAAUAGCAGUUGCCAAAAUGACAUCAGUAAAAUUUUACGAGUUAGACGUAGUCGAUGAAGAGAAUCAUAAAUAUAUGAUCAACAAAAUAAGAGAUGAGAAAUUUGAUUCACUAAUAUCAGGAGCUAAAAAAGUUAAAUUUAUUGAUGACACCAGAAUUUUAAUUUUAACAACAGAUGAAGAGCUUUAUGAAUUCAAAAUAGAUACCGAAAAUAGUCAUAUUGAAUUAAUUGAUAAAAUUGAAUUAAUUGAACAAAAUACCUCAACUGACUUCAGUUCAAACAUUAACAAUUUAAUUCUUACACCAGAUCAUAAAACUAUCAUAAUAUCAAGAUUCAACGGAUCUGUGGAAUCCUACACUACAAAAGAAUCUCACAUCAUAACAAAAUUAUCCUCAUACCCACAUUUAAUAACUUGCCACAACAACGACCAAUUACUAGUUUUAACUGAUGAAAAUAAAAUACACGAGUUUAAUAUCAGUAGCGACGAGUUAUUAACACCUUGGUCAAAACGUAAUAGUGAAUUUUUACCACGCCAAUUUCUUGCUUUAGAUGAUAAACCACAGGGCAUGUUUGUUGAUGAAAAUAAAUUAUGGAUUUAUGGUACCAAUUUUUUAAGUUACUUUGAUUUGACCAAAAAUAUACCAAUUAACAAGCUUUAUAAAAAUAUCAACAACACCAAGAAAAGAAAUAGAGAUGGAUUAAGUGUUGAUGAAAUAGACACUGAAGAAAUAUCACAAGCUGAAAUAAGUAUGAAACAAAGCGAGAUUGAUAAAUUAAGACAAACACUCGAAAAUGAAGAACCGGAAGAGAAAGUAUUUUGGAUAACUGAAAAAUAUAGACCAAUCAUGAAAGUUGGAUCAUUCGGUUCUGGGGAAUUAAUAGUUAUAGAAAGACCUUAUUUUGCAUUACCUACUACGCCUGCAUUUAAUUUAUCAAAAAUUAGAAUAUAA